AUGGUUCAGAGUUCCGGAACAGGGAAAUCGUGUAUGUUGACAGAGGCUGGUAGACGAAUAUUUACGCUUCCAAUCUGCCUUCGCAAGUCAGGUGAUUUGGGUUAUCCACCUGGCGAUCUGGAAGUUGUCAAAUACUUUGCCACCUUGUCCAAGGUUGACCACUUGAGCUUCACCACCCAUAGCAUCAUCGCUUGCUUCAUUGCUGCUGCACACACAACUAUGCUUGAGUGGCUGAAGAGAAUGCAAGCAGAGAAUAAUCUUGAUGGACUACAGUUACAUACACAUUGGCACAAAGUCAUGGAGCCACCGGGGGCGCAGGACGAGUGGGAACAUUUUUUUGCAGAAGUGUUUAAAGCAAAGGCGGAAAUACCUCACGACCCCACUGUAAUUGCUGAGGGGCUCUACAAAACCAUCGUCAAGAAAGCCACUGCAAACUUGAUGGGUUUUCUUAAUACUAUCUACACUCGAGCUUUGAGUGUGACCUACUUUGAUGAAGCCCACAAGUUGGGUUCAUGUUUGUGGGUCUUCUUACAUCUCUUGUCCAUUCAAGAAUCGUCAAUAAGACUGUGGUAUGUCUUCAUGGGAACGAAAUUGAGCUUUCCCCAUAAUGCUCCUCGUCCGUCCAACCGUCAGCCCUCCUUUUUCACCCUUGGAUACACAUGGCUAAUGGAGAAAGCAGUGCAUUCUUUACGACAUAGGCUGGAAUUGGCUCAACUGCUGCCGCCCUAUAUCGUGCUCAGCUUUGACCAGCGAGUGAUUGCGAAGAAUCAGGCAGCAGUGUCUGUCAGCAUGGGUCAUCUCCAAACCAUCGAGCAUCUCGCCCAAUGUGGACGGCCCUUGUGGAGUGCACUGCUACCAGAAGCAAAACACAACGAGAUGGUCAGCUUUGCCUCCUUGAAGCUGACAAAUGGCGUGAGUUUCGAUUCAAUGAAUAAGGACCAUGUCUUUGCUGUGCUCUCGCAGCUUAUCUGUCUUGAUCUGGUACUGACUGGCUCAGAAGCUGUACAACUCACUGAUCACAGUGUCACGCAUCACAUGAGACUCCUCACCGGCUUCUCAGCUAACAAUGAAAUAUCCCACACAAGCUCGCCAUCGGAGCCCAUCCUUGUGCAGGGCAGUAUUGAUCUCUUGUACAACACCUCGGAGACGAAUCGCUUGGCGCAUGUCCUGGAUACCCUGAGCAAUGACCUAUGCAGUCGAGAACUCAUCAAAAAAGGUGCUUUGGGUGAGCUUGGUGCCCGCAUACUUCUCCUUAUUGCCCGCCAUUUCACCACUCCUUGUCGGGAUCUUCUGGAACCUGUUCGCCUUCUGGAUUUUCUCUGCACACUCUUUGGCAGCAACCUUUGGGCCGGUCAAAAUCACCAAAAGUUUAAUGCAGGACUUGAUAGUGCGUAUGUCAAUUUUACGCAUUGGAUUGUGACAAAGGACCUGAUGCCUGAGGUGUCGAAUUUGUGA